AUGUUCGGUGGAGGUCAACCUUUAAGUGAAGAAGAAAAAAAAGCUCACCAAGCUCAAACUAAUAACACUGUCAUCACUUCAGUUUACAUUGCUGCUGCAUUAUGGGCCACUCCAAUCAUUAUCCAUUUUGUUCAAAAACAAUUUAAAUGA